CAAGCAGCGGCCGUAAAUCAGCGCACCGCAAUCACCGGUGCGCGGAGACCGGCCUCGCGCAGUCUAUUUAGACUGCAGAUAGGCCUGCGCGCUAAAAAACGCGCGCGCGCCGACCGCUCGGCUGCGCAAAUUCGUAUUCAAAACCAAGCUGCACAACCGAACAAUGUGCCGCAUCGCUGGAAUCAGCGGACGCGCGCCUCCCUGAGGGCUCAGCAACGAUCCCGUGAGCCGCCGCGGACCACUAACAGCCAGCGCGCGCCUCCGUCAGGGCUCAACAAGCACGUGAGCCGCCGCGGGCCCCGCACAACUCAAAAUCAUGGCCGACAACCACGCACUCGCGCCAGCCCCGAAGAGGCCGCGUUUAGAAGCCGCCUUAGUGGAGGCGACAGCGGCCGUCCAGGAGGCGCGCGGGCCCUUUACGGCGCAAGAACGCGACGCGCUCGUCGAGGCCGUCGAGAGCUGCGCGCAGGCGCUCUGGAGAGAUGCGGAUUCACAGGCGGCCCGAGCCCGAGCCCCCGAAGCCUCGGUCGACGACGUCGCCCAAGCCCACGCGCGGCGACGGCGGCCUCCGUCGAACGGCCCAGACUACUGUCGCAUGGCGCUCAGACUGUCCAUGUCGGCAGGUGCUUUACGAAACGUGCCGACUCGCGAGAUUGCUAGAGCUUGCUCUUGGUUAUCACCGAAGGAUUUAGCAUCUCUAGUGUCGCUGUCGUGCUGGCGCCUUGCGGCGGACCCGCACGGGCUGGGGGCGCUGACGGUGUCUUUAUCUGUUGCCGAAUCCUGCAGGACUCUUGGAGCUUCGUGGGUGCCGCCCCCCAAGCAGAACGUGUUGCAGCCGCUCGCAGUCGUCGCGGAGGCCGACAGGGCUGUUGGUGAUGGCGCUCGGUGCUUAGCUGCGCUGGACGCGCUGCGGCGGGAUUGUGGCAGAGCGCACCGGACGGCUAUGGACGCCUUAUCGACGUUCAAGAGGACUCUCUUCGGGCGCCAGGCGCCGUCGAACGAAGACGCGUCCGACGACCUCGGGGCACUCGUGGCGCUCUCGACCGCGUCGGAGGUCGGCGCCGCCUCUACCUUGUCUAGAAGGGUCCGUGCUCUCAGUUCUCUGGUACAGCGCUGCGCCCACGACGCCGCCGACGCUCCCAGCAUACAAGCGCUGCUCGACGCCGGCGUCCCCGAGGCGCUGAAACGGGCCUGCGACGACGCCGACGACAGCGAUGAUGGUGUUGAUGCCGCGUCCGAGGCCGUCCAGGCCGCGUCGGUCCUACUGCGGGCGCUGCCUGCGUCGGCCUCGUCGGCGGCGAGCGACCGCCUCUUGAAAGUGGGUGGCGCAUCUGUUCGAGCUUUGGCCAAGGCGAUCGAGCGCGGGUCGAGGGCCCACCGCCGCGUUUUGUUACUCUGCGACGCCUGCGAGCAGGCCCUCGGCGGACCUUCUGUAACAUCGACGGAGAUCACGUCGGAGACGCCUGCCUGGGCUAGGGCGGCGCGGACAACGGUGGCAAGGUCGCUCGUCGCCGACGAGCGCUUCGAGACCAUCGCUCACGCGGCGCUGAAUCGGGCGGACUGCGCGCAGCGCCUCGCGACCGUGCUGAGUCGCGUUGCCAGCGGGUCCGACGCACGCGCGGCGCUCGCGUCCGCUCCCCGCUGUAUGCAAGCCGUGGAGCAAUUGGCGAGGGCGCCCGCCGCGGCUGGGGCCGCUCGAGACGCGCUCUGCGAUGUUGCGGCCGCUUUGGCACGCGCGACGGUGGCGGCCGCGCGGCGGGCGGCCCGAGACGAGAGGCGCACUUCACUUGUGGCGUCGCCGUCACCGGAACAUUAUCAGAUCUGCGACACGUACGCGCCGGACUCGGACGCUUCGGACCCGGGUCCGAAACCGAACCUCCGCAAGCCACGGGCCGACUGGGCCGUCAUCGGGAAGCUGGAGUUCUCCGACGACGAUGGCGACGGCGCGCAGCCUUGACGUGCGGCGGGCCACCCUCUUUACGCGUCGCGUCGACGGCGUGGUGGAGCACGCCGCCGUCGCGCAAGCAACUAGUAAUUACCAGACAACGUU